AUGAAUGAAAGUGAUUUUCCGCCUCCUUCACCACUACCACCGCCACUGCUGUAUGAAGUGGAAGUGAUUCCCCACACCAUGGAAGCUCAUGUUCACAAAGAAGAAGCACUCAUCAUCCAAACAUGCGCACUGAAAAUAGACGACAAAGAAGAACAGUCUCCUAAGCAAGGACAAGAAGAAGAAGAAGAAGAACACAUGAAGGAAAAUGAGAAUGAUGCGGAGACAGAAGAAAAUGAUUCUCCACCACCACCGCAUGAAGUGGAAGCCAUUCUUGAAUACGAAUUCAAGAACAAACUAUUACUAGAAGAGGCUUUCACUCAACGUAUGAUUCAAGAAUUUACUAAAGGGGUAGCUGAAUAUCCUUUACAUUCCAAUGGACUGAUCGACGUUCCUAAAGAUUUAGCAGAUAUUAUCGAGUCUACCAUUGGUGCGAUCUUCGUUGAUUGUAACUCAUUGGUCGAAACUGUGUGGAAGGUUUUUAAAAAGUUACUCGAACCCAUAAUUGAUCCCAACACUAUUCAAAGGCAUCCGAUGGCAGAGCUUCAUGAAGUUUGUCACAAUAAAAGACUCAAGUUACAAUUCAGAGAUUUGUGGAAAGAGUCUAUGAGAGUUGAAGUCCUUAUAAAUGAGGAGUUUGUUGGAAGUGGUGUUUAUGGUUCUAAGAAAGAAAUUGCACGCAAUAGGGCAGCAAAAAAUGUUUUGCAAAAUAUGGAAAUUUUUUUUGGUAUAAGUGCAUCUACCAACGAAGUUGCUACCAAAGAUUUAGAUUUCCCUUCUAAGUGCGAUGAAAGUUCAGAUGCUACCGAAGAUUUAAGUUCCCUACCUAAGUGCAAUGGAGGUCCAAAUGCUAUUAAAGACUUACAUUCCCCUCCUAAGUGUGAUGGAAGUCCAAAUGUUAUCGAAGAUUUAGGUUCCCCUCCUAAGUGCAAUGGAGGUCUAGAUGCUACCCAAGAUUUAGGUUUCCCACCUAAGUGCAUUGGAGGUUCAGAUGCUGCCGAAGAUUUGGGUUUCCCUAUAAGUGCAAUGGAGGUUCAAAUGCUACCAAAGAUUUAG